CAUGCCAGGCAUCCAAUCUCCUCACCAGGCCCCACGGAAGCAUCUUCUGCUUCUCAUUCUCUGCCUGAUUCCUGAAUCUCUCUGUCAAGACAUGGUGAGGUACGGCUACAUUGGCGAGAGAACAAGCAUCUCCUGUGAGUACCGGCCCUCGGACGCAGGCUUCAUAAAGCGCUUCUGUAAACUCGCUGGCACGGGUGGGAACUGCACCACCGUCCCCACUGGAUCUGACGAGCGGUUCGACUUACAAGACGACAAAUUGAACAAGCGCCUCACCCUGACCUUCAGGAGAGUUGCCAUUGGAGACAGAGGUGUGUACAGCUGCCAGUUCAACCAACAGCCACAAGAAAAUAAUAAUAACACAACAAUACAAUUUUGGGAAUUGCGAAAUGUUGGAUAUGAGGGUGGAGAUGUCCUCUUCAGGUGCACGUAUGCUCAGCGUUACAAAAGACAACGCAAGUAUUUUCAUCCAAACAGGACCUCACAGAGAAGCAGGCUCAGCCUCCUUGAUUCCCCCAGCGACCGCGUAUUCACCGUGACCCUUGGCAAACUGACAGCUGAGGAUGCUGGGAGCCACUACUGUAUGAUGAGCGCACCACAGAAAUCAGAACGUGAUCACCGUUCUGAACGGAUUUUGAUGGUGAAAAGCUUGAACACUGAGACAGGGUUCGAGGGGGGAACGGUGGUUGUUAAAUGCCAGCGAGCCAACUGGAGCAGCCGCCCGCAUUUCUGCCGAGGGAAGGACGCCAUACAGUGCCUACAAGAGGGGUCAGUCGGUGGGGAGCGAUUCACGUUGGAUAACAGCACUGCUGGAACUGAGGGAGCCUUCACUGUGACCAUCACGGACCUGAGGGCAGAGGAUGCUGGGAUAUACUGGUGUGUGGAGUUUGGAGAUGCAGGACCUGAGUUCACUUCUGCUGUCGAUCUCAACGUUGUGAAAGCUAUCUCUAACUCAGAGAGCACCUUGGCCUUUUGGUUGGUGGUCGCUGUUGCUGCUCCUGUUGUGUUGCUGCUGGUGGGCUUAGGCCUCCUGGUGGUCAAAUGCAAAAAGACAUCCAAACAAGAUUACUCAAUAUUCACAGACCCAGCAAGGACUGCAGAGCAAAGUGACGGAGAUUAUGUGAACAACUGCGGUCCUCUCCAGACCUUUAGCAGGCCUCGGGCCAACUUACCGACCUGUCCUCUGGGGAACAACAGGCCAUCUCUCCACCCCCAGAGCUGCAACACCACGCCAGAUGACACAAUCUACCAGGAAGUGAUGGCACCACCCCAACAGAGAGAUCCACCCAACGAAAGUCACAAUGACACCGCAAUAACCACGGCCACAGUCUACAAGACUCUGACUGCAAGCAAGAAUAGCUCAAUUUACCAUACUCUCCACCCUAACGCCAACCAACAGACAGCGGUUUACCAGGAGCUUAACCCCAACACAAAUCAGGGCGAUUCUCUUUAUGCACCUCUUAGUCACAGCACGUCCAAAUGAGAUAUUUGAGAUAUUUAAGGAGAUCAGAUUCAAAACAUUCUAAAUGCCAUCAAUGUCAAAAAAAUGAGAUAACGAUGCCGAGUGAAUGGUCUGAAAUAUUGAUUUGUAGACAAAAACCUACAGGAGUCUGAUUUAAAAAUGCUGAUUUUAUAAGAAAAGUGGUCAGAUGGAUUUAGAGGGUUUUGCAUCUGAGCUUUUCAUUCUUCAGAAAGUUAUUGAUCGCUUACUUUAAUGAAUAUAACUUCAACUUUUUGUUUGGUAUAUUUUUUUCUGUCUGCCCAUCCGUCUGUUUGCAGAGAACUACUAGCCCGAUUUCAUCAAAACUUUGUUGACAUAUGGUUGUCCAUUGAAAUGUUGUUUCAUUUUUGCUAUUUUGGCCUUACCCAAAACCUUUUGGAGUUUGCAUACAAUUAAUGAAUUAAUGCAACAGUUUAGCAUUUUUAUAUCGAAUUGAUUGACCAUGGUGAUGUACAUAUUAAAGGGACACUUCACCGAUUAGCAUUAAGCUUUGUAUCUUUAGAAA